AUGGAUUUUACGCACCGGCUCGCUCUGCUCCUGCUCGGCUUCACCUUCAUCCACACGGUUAAUGGAAAGUUUCCUCACUGCCAAUUCCACUGGGAGAUUCAGAGAGCCUGGAGAGAGUGCCAGACACAACUGCAGCAACAGACGCCUGUGAGCACAGGAUGUCGUGGCGAGUGGGACAAUGUGUCGUGCUGGCAGAGUGCAGCGGUCGGCGAGGUGAUGACCCUCCCCUGCCCCUCCCCCCUCCUGCACCUGUUUGGAAAACACGGAAACCUCAGCAGGAACUGUACAGAGAAAGGUUGGUCUGACGUCUACCCCGCCAUCAUCAUCGCCUGCUGGUCCAACAACACAGAUGAACCCAACGAGCUGGUCUUCUACAGGGUGGUGAAGAUCCUGUCCACUCUGGGCCACAGCCUGUCCCUCAUCACUCUGCUCACCAGCUCAAUCAUCAUCUGUUUGUUCAGGAGGCUCCACUGCACGAGGAACUACAUCCAUCUGAACUUGUUUUUGUCGUUCAUGCUGCGAGCUGUAGCUGUGCUGACCAAAGACACGCUGCUCUUCUCAGACGACCAAAACUCAGACUGCAGCACGCAACCCUCACUGGUGGGCUGUAAGGCCACGCUGGUGUUCUUCAACUACUUUGUCAUGGCCAACUUCUUCUGGCUGCUGGUGGAGGGUCUCUACCUGCACACGCUGCUGCUUGUCGUCCACAGCUACUCCACCCGCCUCUCCAUGUACAUGAUCAUCGGCUGGGGAAUCCCUUUUGUUUUCAUGGUAGCGUGGAUCAUAUGUAGGAUAAACCUGGAGGACACAAGGUGUUGGGAGAUGAAUGACAACCCUGUCCCCAACAGACUGAUGAAUUGGCCCAUCAUGGCGUCUGUCAUUAUCAACUUCAUCCUGUUCAUCAGCAUCAUCCGCAUCCUGGUGCAGAAACUGCGCUGCACUGAUGUUGGAGGAAAUGAACAGUCGCAGUACAGACGUCUGGCUAAGUCCACCCUCCUGCUGAUCCCUCUGUUUGGGGUGAACUAUGUGGUGUUUGUGUACCUGAUGGAACCGGCUGACAAAAACAUGAAGCACAUCAAGAUCUUCUUUGAACUUGCCCUGGGAUCAUUCCAGGGUCUGAUUGUGGCUACCCUCUAUUGCUUCCUCAACAGUGAGGUCCAGAGCGAGCUGAGGAGGACAUGGAGGAGUUUAUCUCUCAAGCGUUAUGUGGGGCGGGACUACAGGCUGCAUACCAUGUCGGUCAGCCGAAACGGCACUGAAAACUCUGCUCAGUUUCCCAGAAACUCCCGAGCCCAGUCCAUCCUGCAGACUGAAGUCACUGUGCUCUGACCGGGGACAGAGACAGCCUCUUCAUAAAGACUCUCAGCACUGAUGCUCAUAUGUAGAGCGACUCAGAAGGCAGGUGAAGUUCAAAGUCGUACUCAAGGACCCUUUUUAUAGACAUAUCGGUUGCUCCUGCAGGGAAUGAACCUGUGACCUGCAGAAGAUUCUAAGGCUAAGGACUUCUUGUUGGACUGUGUAUGCCUCCAGAAGAAGUAAUAACCUAAAAGAUUUUCAUUAGAAUAAAUGUCUGUUAAGUCACUAUCUAUCACUGAAUGAGGUAGCUUAAUGGCAAUUGAGCCUACAGCCCACUGGUGAAAGCCCUUGCAUUUGCAUCACAACAGGGUGUCUGUGGCAACAUUCCCAGGAAAAAAUCAAAAGGCGCGCACAGUUAGUGAUGCCUUUCUCAUCACUCAGCAGUGGUUGGUUCGCCAGAGAGGGUAGGUGAAGCUAGCGCAGCCAACUUGCUCUUUAAAUCGCUUCUUUUUUUUGCCUGGUCUCUGCUGGCGUUGCGAUUAAACUCUUACUAUGGCACAACAAACAAACAAAAAAACAAACAAACAAAAAUGAUAUAGGGCGAUAACUACAGAUGAUGACACUUCAAAAAACAGUGCAAAACCAAAGAAAAAAAAAAUUCGCCAACUGACUCGUCACACAGGCGACACUUUCUGGACCUCCGGAAAGUGAGAUAAAAAAACAACAACACACCUGCAAUUACCAAUUAUCACCAUAGGUGCCGCCAAGAAGAACAAAACAGAUGCUUGUGAUUGUAACUUUAACAUCACUGUCUUCUGCAUUUUAUUAAAUCUUGACACACAUGAAACAGUGCCUGCUGAAAUCAUGAUGAACAGAGACCUGCAUCAGCUAACUAUAUUUUAAGUCUACCUUUCAUAUCAUUAAACAUAAAAAAGUUACAAAUGAAGAGUCCAAAAUACUGCGUCAAUUAUGGAGAAAAUGAACACGCUUACAUAUUAUCAUUUGUCUCAGACAUUUCUAUUUUCUAUGUGUUCCGAGCUCUCAUGGGUUUCAUUAUUGAUUUACCCUCUCAAUGCACCUGAGAAAAUGUUUACUGUGCUUACCACCAAGAGGACGGCCGUCACCCUGUCCGACUCUGACAGAAGUGGUGGUCGACCUUGGCCUGGCCAGAGGGAGGCAGAGGGGAUGAGGCAGACCUCAACCUCAUCCUCGAUAAGGGGCACUUCCUUGUCAUAUUCCCAGCCUUCAACAGUGGAGUUCAGCUGGUAUACCACCACCGGAGGGUUGGUGCUCAGCAGCAAUAGCCAUUCGGGCUGAGCGCAGUUAAAUAUGGGCCCCAUCUUGGGAAGGAACACACAAGGGCACAACCUGCCACAUGGCUGAGUGCAGAGGCCUGCAUAGAAGAAGAGGAGAAAAAGGGUAAUAAUGGUCGGACGGUGCCUCUUUGUCUUUGAAGAAGGAAGCUGGGUCUUCGUCCUCAUUGAGAUAAUGGUCAUCAUCCUUAUGUAACCUGCCCAGGACUGAGUGGCUGCACCCUCCACUGCUGGUGCCAGUCCAGCAUGGAGAGAGUGACCGGACUCUGUGUAGUGCAGCUCAAAAAGCAUGUUCCCCAUCGUAAGAGACAGUUGUAAAACUGUUGACAGGAUGCCUUGAACUGCAAACAAGCUCAAUUAUGUAUCUUUAUGUAUCUUUAUUCUGAACUAUGUAAAACUUUCCUCAAGAAAAAUUAUUAAAAAAUCUGUGAUGUCACCACAAUAUAGAGUCAGUGAGCUGAGCGGGAACUCGGGGGUGGGGCCAGUGAAAGAAACACUCCUGCACGUUUUCAGUGGGCUGCCCCAAAUGUAGAAAACUUUGUCGACAUAUCCGCCAGAUGAGCAGCUCUAUUGGAAUGAAUAGGCAUCAUCCUAGCAUUCGGUAUGUAGUUAUUAAAAUCUAUGCACUCAGUUCUCAAAGUCACGGUCAAUACAUGCGCUAGGGUUUUAUAGGGUUCAGGAGCCCUGUGUUUCCUACUCCCUGAAUGGACGGUGAGUACCAUAAAUCUUUUCUCAGAUGCUUAGGCGGAGGAUAAACCAAUAGCAAAGGCUGUUGCAGAGCUACGCACAGACUCAUAGAGCUGAAGUUACGUUCAAGUAGCUAUCAUUUCCGGGAUACAGCUGAGUGUUUCAUCUGUUACAGUGAAGACAACUGUUUAAUAAUAAGUGUUUGUACCAGCAGAUAUUUUAGGUAGGUAUAUAUCUUUUCUUAUGUUGUUCUUUUGGUUUUGGAAGAAGAGACUUUUUUACCAUACAUUUACCAUAAAGAUUACAAACAAACCAUGACGAAUUGACGCAUAAAAGAAAUAUGUUGUUUUAUCUUAUUAACAGCCAAACAUGUUGCAGAGAAUAACUGAUUUUGACAAUCAUGAAUUUAUUAUCAUCUUUAUUAUUAUUAUUUUAAUUAUGUGGGUCCUAAGAAGCAGACUAUUUAAUGUAAGAUUUAUCGUAAAUAUUACCUGCUUACUUGGAAUGAAAUAUUCCAAAUAAUCAGUCCUCUUGUGGCCAUUUUCAGUAAGACACGUGGCUGCAGUGGUUCCUGUUUUUUGGCUAGUGAUGUUUUAUAAUGAGGCAGCAUCUACUUGCGACCCUCUUUUAUAUGUCAUAUGCCACAUUUAACCCUUGUUAUAGUAUAUUUGAAUAAUUUUUGCCAGCCUUAACAUGUAAAAUGAUCCAGUAGUUCAAGAGAAAAAAGAUUUGUGUAGCAGAAAUACAUUUUCUGGUCCAUCAUCUCAUUAUUCCUCACAUUAAUCUUGCAGUCCCUUGUUGGGGUUCUGACUGCACAUGUUGGAAACUACUGUCUUAUAAACAGAGGAGUUUCAUCAGAAAGCAUACAGGUUACUGUAACUCAUGUAAAUCGUUAGUCUUUUUUGUUUGUGUGUUUAUUUUUCAUAUGUAGUUUUUUGUGCCAAAAUGAAAGUUUGACCUCUGAGGCUCUUUCAUCUUGGGCUUCAGUGUUUCACACCAGAAUUUUUCUCCUCAAGAUGGAAACAGGAUCUGAAACUGUAGACCAUCAUCAGUCACAAAAACUAUUCAAUAGAAGACAACUAUUGCCUUUAAAUGAAAUACAUUGAAUGACGAAAAACAAAAACAUACUUUGCCUUGUACAGAGAAUGUUUGUUUUGUAUUUUAUGUCUUGUUUUUUACACAGUUGAGUUUAUUAAUGUUGGAUAUGUACAUGAGGUGGAGGGAGAUUUAUAAGCUUUUGAACACAACUGUAAACCUGUGACUCCAUAAGUUUUAUCUAUAAAAGUGUUUAUCAUGAA